AUGGCUCUGUCUCUUCGUUUCUAUGGAGUUUUUGUUGUUCUACUUGUUUCCCUCCUCGUAAGUAAAGCCUCCUCUACCUCUCACCACGAGCAUCACCACCACCACCACCAACUCAAGUCCCUCCACUUCGCGCUCUUUCAACACGAAACCAUUAACAGAACCGGAUAUAUUGUAGUGAAUGGUGUAGGUGGAGCAGGCAUUAGUCAAACCACUACACCUUUUGGCACCGUGUUUGUUUUCCAGGAUCCAAUGACCGUCACAGCCAAUCGAUCUUCGAAACUAGUUGGAAUAGCUCAAGGAACUUCUGUCACCUCCAGCUUGGAUGGGCUUCAGAGCAUCUCAGUAGCUAAGAUCACUUUGCGUUUAAAGCACCACUCUGGUUCGGUUUCCAUUGUCGGAGGCACGCAUAACGUUAAGCCCUCUGAUCAUCCUGUUGUGGGAGGCACUGGUGAUUUCCUGUUUGUGCAAGGCUAUGUGACAUCAUCCCCAGUCAAUCUCAAGGGGCUAACUGUUGUCUACAAGAUUGAAUUUCACCUUUACUGGCCUCCAUAUGCAACUCAAGGUUCUUAG